AUGACUCGCUAUCCUCUUUCACGGCAGCCACUAGCUGCUCCACUGCUUCCGGCUCCAUCCCUCCCGGGCAGCGGCAAGUGCGGAAAGGGAGUGGCCGACGAAAAUGCAUCUCUCGACUUUGAAUUCCUCCAAAAUGGAGAUGAGAUCAUCCGCGAAGCCGUCCACGGUGGAGUAGCGUUGGAAAUCAAAGGCAUUGGGGUCGGUGGUGUGGGCCCCCAUGUCGUCGUAGAGACAGAAGGUAAUCGUAUAAUCCGCCGCCGUACACGUAAACGUACUCGUGGCAUCAUCGUACGCGUAGUUGUACGACCUCGGGCAAGCGUUCUUGAAAACCUCCGAGUACACCGACGAUCGGCAGCUCGCCGGCAAUCCGUACGCGCCGCUGCAGCAGUACUCAUCUCUCCUGAACGCCUCGCACGCGCUCCGGCAAGCCCUCACGCCCCCCGCCCUCAACUCCUUCGGGCAGAUCCGGUUCAGAUCCGCCGCGCACCCGGUCGAUCCGCACGCGCCCUACCCGCCAGAUGCCUCGACCAUCACCGGCAGGUUGUACCCAUCAACGAGGCUGACGUCGUAGAAGUCCUGGGCGCCGCCGGAGCCGAUCAUGAACUUGACGAGGGUUGCCAGCGGCGCGGCGCCGGCGCCGUCGCAAUCGAUCCGGUUGGAGCCGCAGUCGCCGGUGACGCAGGAGCCCUGGCCGGUGGUGGGGUCGAAGGAGCAGCCGGUACGGGCCCAGAACCGGCCCGACCAGGAGGAUUGUGCCAGGAAGGAGCGGGUCGAACCGGUAUCAAGUUGGAAACCGGUGGAGCCCAAGUCGGAGCUGCCGGCGCUGGAGAGUAUCGCUGGCCACACGGUGUAGUCGCAUCUGUUUACUAA